AGUGUCCUGUCUCUGCAUACACGGAGGAUCCACACUGCCGGCUCCAGCACAGCCAGCUUUAUGGUGAGUAGCGGAACAGGGGAAGCGUUGAGAGGAUGACGGCUGUCAGACUGAUCCAUUACUUCCCCAUCAAGGGGGGACCCUACUGAUAUGGAACAAUCCACUCUGAGCUCAAAAAAGCUGGGCCCAUUGAUGUUCAACAGUCUGCUCCGGGCCGGCUGGCAAUAGCGACCCUCCUCAUUGGUCAGCAGUAUGGGCACGGGACCCUAAGGGCCACAAGGUGAGAUUUUGGGGUUGGAAACCCGUGUGACCCCACAGCCUCGGGGGGGACGAUGUAUUAUCAGUGGUGGGACGUAUCUGACACCAGGACGCCGCGCUAGUUGGUCGGAGUUUGGAGCGAUUUUUGGAUCUUUUUCAGCCGAGACCGACCAGCAAUGGGACUGAGCAGCUCGCUGACGCUCUGCAAGAUCCGGAUGCUGGUUAUUAUAAGCCUGGGCCUGCUGCUCCUGGGCUGGGCUGCGCUCAACUUGCCCCACGUGGCCCGAUACGCACACAGGUCCAAACAGCUCAUGGAUUAUAGGUGGAGAGACAUCUCCAUGGAGAGGGCGAGUGAAAAGCAAGAGGAGAGAGCGCCGGCAGGGCUUGUUAUGGAAACAGCCAAGGAGCCAGAGAAGCUCUGCCCUGCCCUCUCCCCCCUUCUCAGGGGCGCUGUGCCACUGAAGUUUGAGCCUUCUCUCAGCGUGAACCAGGUGAAAAAAGAGAACCCCCAGGUGGAAAAUGGCAGAUUCCAACCGGAGGGCUGCAAGUCUCAGCAAAAAGUCGCCAUCUUGAUACCGCACCGAAACCGCGAGCGCCACCUCUUGUAUCUGCUCAAGCACUUGCACCCUUUCCUGCAGCGCCAACAACUGGACUAUGGGAUUUACGUCAUUCACCAGACCGGCAACCAGAAGUUCAACAGAGCGAAGUUGCUGAACAUCGGGUACCUGGAGGCGCUGAAGGAGGAGGACUGGGACUGCUUCAUAUUCCAUGAUGUGGAUCUCAUCCCUGAGAAUGACUUUAACCUGUACCUCUGUGACACUGAGCCCAAACACCUGGUUGUGGGGAGGAAUGUAACCGGCUACAAGCUGCGCUAUAAGGGCUAUUUUGGGGGAGUGACGGCGAUGACCAGAGAGCAGUUUCAGAAGGUGAAUGGCUAUUCCAACAAAUACUGGGGCUGGGGCGGAGAGGACGAUGACCUGCGCCAGAGGGUUGUGGUUCAAAAGAUGACGGUGGUCCGACCCCCGGCCGAGGUUGCCAGAUACACCAUGAUAUUCCACACGCGUGACAGCGGCAACGAGGUGAACAGCCAAAGGAUGAAACUGUUGGACAAAGUAUCCCGAGUGUGGCGGAAGGACGGGCUGAAUUCUUGCUCCUACAAGUUGCUCUCCGUCGAACACGAACAACUGUACGUUAAUUUCACAGCAGAAGUUGGGCGACCGGAGAUCUAAAUGAACAUCAGGAGGAAUAUAGAGGUUCUGAGCCGAGGCUCCCCUUAGCCACGGCCAACCCUCAACAUCUAAAAAAUGACCCUUAAGGGCGACACAGGUCCUAAGGCUUCUCCAGAAGAACCGAAAACGUUAAAAUAAGAAGGGGACCAAUAUCAGGCUGAACUUUCCUUCGCACAGCCGCCAUAUUUUUGAAUUUUGCACAUAAGCAGAAGGGUUUCUUGUACCGAAACAAACAACCCUUAGCAUCUACUAACAUUCCAGUAAUGGAGCUCCCAGUUUUGUACCACCACACUGUACCUUCUCUGUAGAGUAAAUCUGGUGCUAAAACCACUCAGCUGCUAGAAGUGCCGCUCCCACCGUGGCAAAUACCUUGUCUGUAUCUCGUUCCAAGAGAUAUAGGCUCUGGGGGGCGUGCCCAAAGCUGGUGAUCAGAAGGACUUGCUAAUCGGAGUAGAUCUAUGAUGGUAACCAUAUUCUCUUUAGCCUCAGGUCAGGGCUAAGGCUAUAGCACCUUAGGAGUCGGUAAAACAUGGAUGGCUAAAGAAUAUGUUGAUGAGUAGAUCUAAGAGCGUGACCAACUUUUCUUUAGUCUAGACUUGUAGACCAAGGAAUAUAGGACCUAAACCUGGAUAUCUGAAGAGCAAGUUGAUAAGUAGAGUAGGUCUGUGAGGGUAACCACAAUGGUGACCAGCUUCCCUUUAGCUUAGACUUGUAGUUUACCGCUCCUCAACAUGGUUAGGUCAUUUGACAUGAAGGUACAUUGAUGAUAGAAUAAGGUCGACCAAAGCCUGAGGAGCUUGAAGAACCUGGAUAGCUGAAGAACUAGUUGAUAAGUAGAUCUGUGAGGGUAACCACAAUGGCAAUCAACUUCUCUCUGGCUUAGACUUGUAGUUUACCGCUCCUCAACGUAGUUAGGUCAUUUGACUUGAAGGUACAUUGAUGAUAGAAUAAGGUCGACCAAAGCCUGAGGAGCUUGAAGAACAAGUUGAUAAGUAGAGUAGAUCUGUGAGGGUAACCACAAUGGUGACCAGCUUCUCUCUGGCUUAGACUUGUAGGUUACCGCUCCUCAACAUGGGUAGGUUAUUUGACAUGAAGGUACAUUGAUGAUAGAAUAAGGUCGACCAAAGCCUGAGGAGCUUGAAGAACCUGGAUAUCUGAAGAACAAGCUAAUAAGUAGAGUAGAUCUGUGAGGGUAACCACAAUGGCGACCAGCUUUUCUCUGGCUUAGACUUGUAGUUUAACGCUCCUCAACAUGAUUAGGUUAUUUGUCUUGAAGGUACAUUGAUGAUAGAAUAAGGUCGACCAAAGCCUGAGGAGCUUGCAAAACCUGGAUAUCUGAAUAACUAGUUGAUAAGUAGAGUAGAUCUGUGAGGGUAACCACAAUGGUGACCAGCUGCUCUCUGGUUUAGACUUGUAGUUUACCGCUCCUCAACAUGGUUAGGUCAUUUGACAUGAAGGUACAUUGAUGAUAGAAUGAGGUCGACCAAAGCCUGAGGAGCUUGAAGAAUCUGGAUUUUACAAGUUGAUAAGUAGAAUAGAUCUGAGAGGGUAACCACAGUGGCCUGGACUUGUAGUUAAUAACUACUUAGUUUAGAGUAACAAAACAUAGAUAAUUGUAUACACCAAUAUGUAGAGUAAAUCUGAGAGGGUGACCAAGUUCUCUGUGUCCUGAACUUGUAGUUUACAACUCCUUAGGUCAGGACUAGGGAUGUAG